AUGGCCAAGCAAAAGGUUGUGAUCAAAGUGUCAAUGAAUGAUCAAAAAUCCCGCAAGAAGGCCUUGAAAACUGUUGUUGGCUGCAUAGGAGUGGAGUCAACAGCUUUACAAGGGAAGGACAAGGAUCAGAUAGAAGUGGUGGGAGAAGGGAUUGAUGCAGUGGAAAUCACAACUCUGUUGAGGAAAAAUGUCGGGUAUUCCGAGAUUGUUAGUGUCAGCGCUGUUCCAGAGAAGAAAGAAGACAAGAAAGAAGAUAAAAAAGAUGACCCAAAACCUACUGAGGUAGUUUGGGCAACUCAUCCGUUCAUCCACCAUGGUGUUCCUCCUUACCAGCAUUUCGUCGAGUUCCGGGACCCCAACCCCGAUCCUUGCACCAUCAUGUAA